AACGCCCGAAAGAGGGAAGGCCAGUUCAAGAUGGCGUGUGAAGAGCUAGCGUGUUAGGCGAUUUCGUUUGCUGUGUUAGGGGAGUUAGGUGUGCUUUUGUGCCGUUCAACAACUGGACUGGUGGUUUUCUGUACUCAGUUUUUUUCCCCAGCAAUUUGUAGAGUGUAUAGUCAGCACAAGAUGAACCAGAAACGGAAACAAGAGAAAAAUGGCCAUGCCAAAGGAUCGUUAUCCUCGGUGUGGACGAGAGCGUUUACGCCAAGCUCUGAAUGGCCGGACAAGGACGAGUUUUUGGACGUUUUGUACUGGUCAAGACAAAUACUUGGCAUCCUACUUGGCCUGGUGUGGGGUCUUGUUCCUCUCAAGGGCUUCAUCGGUAUUGCAUUGUUCUUCUGCAUAAACACGGUGCUUGUGUACGGGUACACCAGCUCCUUUCAAAAGGUGGAUGAUGAAGAGUAUGGCGGUGUCUGGGAGCUCGUUAAAGAAGGCUUCAUGACCUCCUUUGCUGGUUUCCUGGUAACGUGGAUCAUGAUCUAUUCUGCAACACAGUACGACUGACGUGUGAUGGUGGAAAGACAGGUGGUUCGUGUAAAGGCACAGGAUUUUCUAUCCAUCUGCAGUCUAGCAAGGAUGUGAAGAGUGCAUGCGGGGAAACAUGGAAACAAAUUUCCUUUCUUGACUGCAUCUCAUGUCAUAUACACAUGUUGCUAAUAAAUCUACAAACUCUUCAAGUAAAUAUUUCAUCAAACGAAA